AUGAAGUGCAUCCUAUGGAAUUGCCGGGGGGCAAAUAAACCUCAAUUUCGUAGAUCGAUCCGUUAUUUAAUGAAGAAGUUCAAAACAGAUAUCCUUGAUGUGUUUGAAACUCAUGCUGGUGGAGAAGCUGAGAGUCGAAUAUGCCAAGGUUUGGGUUUUGGUAAUUCGUUCAGGGUGGAUGCUUGUGGCCAAAGUGGAGGCUUGUGGUUAUUAUGGAGGGAGGAGUUAGGAGAACUUGAAGUGGUGAAGUUUUCGGAUCAAUUUAUUUACUCAAAGAUAGGAAGGAGGGAGGAAGUGAUAAACUUGAUUGUUGUAUAUGCGGCUCCUACGCCCAGCCGUAGAAGUGGACUUUGGGAUGCUUUGGGAGAGGUGAUAAGCAAUGCUGUUGGGCCGGUGUUCGUGGGUGGGGAUUUUAAUACAAUUGUGCGAUUAGAUGAAAGAAGUGGUGGGAAUGGGAGGUUGUCGGAAGACUCUCUAACAUUUGGUGAAUGGAUCAAUAACAUGUCACUCAUUGACAUGGGUUUUUGUGGGAACCAAUUCACAUGGAAGCGAGGAAAGACGGCGAGUACCUUUGUGGCGAAGAGGUUGGAUCGAGUAUUAUGCCGUGCUCAAGCGAGAUUGAAGUGGCAAGAUGCAAGAGUUAGCAGUGAACUACUUCAAAAAGUUAUAUUCUUUGGAGGAUGUUGA